CCUGAUUUCUACCCGGACGCACGGAGAAACACACCUCCUGUUAAGCAAUGGCGAGUUCGGAGGGCACCACUGCUCCAUGCAUUCAAGCCGAGAUUAAUGAUUUACUGGUUAAAGGCUAUGAUGACUGGAUGUAUGAGGGGUUUGCAGAUGAGGAAUCAAAUAAGUUAGACAAUCAGAUAGAAAAUGCCAUUUCCUUAUUCCUAACCUUAUUUGAGUCCCCGAUUGGUAUCUUAGAACAGAAAGUCAAAGAUCUAAGAGCAGUUGCAGAUGGUCUGGAGCGUGUGCACUAUCGUACCACCAUGGGCAGCUUGACAGGAGGGGUGGUGAGUGCAAUCGGAGGGGUCGCUUCUCUGCUUGGAUUAGCCCUGGCCCCUGUCACCAUGGGAGCUUCUCUGGCUGUGACACAAGUGGGAGCUGUCGCAGCUCUUGCUGGAGGGUUGGCCAGUGGCGUUUCCAACAUCACCAACAUGGUUAAUGAAUCGAUGGAUCGCAAGAACAUUGAACAGAUUAUACAGGACUUCACCAUUUGGAUGGAGCCCCAAGCUCCAAGCAGUUAGAGGAUGGUCUGGAUGAGCUGAGGGAAAUCACUAAGGCGCUUC